UGUUUUUUAGGAGCAAGUUGCCUUAAUUGUUGAGCUAUGUUCAUUGUUGGUAAUAUUUCGCCAAAUCUCUACCUUUGUAUUAAAUAUAAUAAAAAAUAAAUGUGUGGGGAUGGAAAAGGUCAACAAGUGUUUUAUUCAAUUCAUCGCUAGUUAAAAAGUUAUGCUAAAUUUGUCAACAUGAGCGUAGUGGUAAUUGGUACUCCUUCCCUCGAAGUCGAAGGUUCAACCUCUCAUAUCUCCGAGUUGUUAAGGUUAGCUAAAUUUAAAUUAUAAGAAUAGAAUAAUAGGAAAUCCUAAUUCAUCCACUAAAACCAGAGUUGAUUCAACUCAAAGAAAUUCAAAUUCCAAGGCUAAUAAAGAAAGUUUCAAAGCCAUGGAGUGGUAAAAAAGCAAAGGAUUAUAGACAAAGGCAAUUCACUUGACACAUUAGUAAAGAAUCUUCAAUACCAUUUUGAUCAUAAAAGCUCUAAAUAGUCAGAAUUUUUAACUCAAAGAAUUAAGGCACAUCUACAAGCUAUUGGGUGCAAGAGGUUUGAAUCCUUUCAGCUUACAAUCRGUCAAUAAGGGAAGGACUUUCAAGAAAAGCAACGGGAUAUCGAACCAACUAAUUUUUCGAUGGUGAAUACAACGUCAAAACUCGGGAAUUUUGAGCCAAUGCUUUACAAAAUUGGCAUUCCUCUAGCUCUAUCUGCAGCAAGCAGCGUAUGUGCCAUUAUAAUGUCAAGAGGUGGAUUUCCAGCCUCUAUCUACAAGAGCAAGACAAAUCUUUUGAAACCCAAAUCAAAGCUCAAAGAAAACGAGAACUUGCACAGCCAGAACUCUGCAAAUUCACUAUCUUUGGAGGAAGAAGAAAGUUCGAGCUCGGAAUCCGAGGAUCGUAUAGAAGAGGUCAUUUCAGGCUUAAGAAGAAGAGUUGAAGAUCUUGAGAAAAAAGAAGUGGAAAUAGAGAGGCAGUUCAUUUGGUACCAGAAUUUGAAAGAGAGGGAAUCUCUGCUGGUGGAGCUGAGGAACACUUUGGUUUUGGACAUGGCUCAUAUCAGUUUCUUGGAAAGGGAGAUCUUGUUAAUGGAGGAAGAAAACAAAAAGUUUGAGAGUUUGGUAUCAGAAUAUUUGGGAGUUUCAGAGCAGCUUGAAGGUCAAAAAUCAGAAAACAAGUUACUUGACAGAGAAGUAAAGAAACUUAGAAAGAAAUUGAAGGAGCAAUCAAAGAUCAUAAGAGAGAAGAAUUUGAAGAUUGAAGAAAUUAAAGCAGAAGUUUGGAGAAAUGGUGAAGAAAUGGAAACAAAGAAGAAGGUUAUAGAGAAGCUGGGGAAUGAAGUAAGAGAGCUGAAAAUGCAAUUAGAAGAAUUGCAAGAGGAGGAGAACAGAGCUUCAGCCAAGUUCAAGGUUGAAGCAGACGAAAGAUCAGUAACAGUUGAGGAUUUCAACAAGCUUUCAAAUGAGUUCAAACAGUUGAAAGAUGCAUUCUCAAAGCAAGGGUUAUCAAGAAACCAUGAUCAAGAAGAGCAAAAUCAUAAAGAAAUUCAUGAGGAAGUAGAAGGAAAUGAGGGAGUCAAGCAAGAAAUAAAAGGCAAAAAUUUGGAUAAAAAUGAAUUCUCAUCUGUUAAAACUAAUUCCACAAGGCCAAAGCUUCUUCCAAGGAUAAGCUGUGUGGGGGGUAGUAAUGAGAAGAUGGAAAGAAAAAUCAGACCAGAAUGAGAAGCAUGAGAAACCUUAAAGAAAGGAAAAAAUAAAAAAUAAAAAAUUCAUCCAUAUAAUUUGUAUUUGGGGGAAAAAAUAAUGUAAUUUACUUCAUUUAAUUAUGAGUUUAUGAGCUCUUUAUCCUAUCCUAUAAAUUAUAAAACAACAUUGCAAAAAUAUGUUAUUUUGGUAUUGUAGUGGUAAUUUGUACUUCUGACUUCGAAUAGAAAUCAGAAUAGAAAUCGUUGAAAUAUG